CUUCCUGUAGCUUGAUGGUGGUUGUGGGCGGAGCCUGCUCGGCUGGUUAACGGGAGAGAGAGACGGUAACAGGGGACACGGACGGACUGGACGCUCCUCGCUCGUCUUCACCCCUCGUCUAGCGGCUGUUUCUCCAAAUGGCAACGACGGCGGACGAGCAGCGGGAACCGGAGGACGUCGCGUCGCUGUCGACGCACCACGGCGGCAACAACAACAACAACAACAAUAACAACAACAACAAAGACAGCGAGGCGGGAGACAGCGCGACGUCCUCCGGUACCACCGCCGGCAGCAGCAGCACGACGACCGAGCCGGGCGGCGGGACGGCGGCGACGCAGAGCGUCGGUAACGGCUCGGUGCUCAACCCCACCGGGGGGAACAACGGGAAGUGGGUCCGGUUGAACGUCGGCGGCACAGUGUUCCUCACGACGCGGCAGACCCUCCUCAAAGAGCAGACCUCGUUCCUCUACCGGCUGUGUCAACAGCAGGACCUGCACUCAGACACGGAUGACUCUGGAGCCUAUGUGAUCGACAGAGACCCCACCUACUUCGGUCCCAUCCUCAACUACUUGCGGCACGGCAAACUGGUCUACAACAAGGAGCUGGCUGAAGAAGGUGUCCUGGAGGAGGCUGAGUUUUACAACAUCACCCCGCUGAUCAAGCUGAUCAAGGAGAGGAUUGUGGAGAGGGACUCCAAAGCCACACAGCAGGUGCCCCCCAAGCAUGUCUACCGAGUGCUGCAGUGCCAGGAGGAGGAGCUCACCCAGAUGGUCUCCACGAUGUCGGACGGCUGGAAGUUUGAGCAGGUCAGCGUGCGCGCCUGCAGAAAGCCCCGCACCGGACUGCUCUGGACUAUGGUGAACAUCGGCUCGUCGUACAGCUACGGAUCGGAGGACCAAGCUGAGUUUCUGUGCGUCGUGUCCAAGGAGCUUCACACUCCGGGAUCUGGGCUGGCUACGGAGCAGAGCCACAAAACCAAGCCGGCGGAGAUGCAGGAAGAGGAAGCCGCGAAGGAUGAGGAGGAGGAGGUGGAGGAGGAGGAGGAGGUGGAGGAGGGAGGGAGAGAUACCACACCAAAUGAGUGGAUUAGAGAAUGAGGGAGUCAUGUUUCUUUGUUCCAAAGAGAGGCGGGAAUGGCUCUUCCAGCUCCACGGGUCCCGGAUGUAGAAAUCACAACAAUUUAAGUUAUUUUUUUCUAGGCUUACUACGACAUGGUGUAUAUGGGUCAUCAAAACAGAUUUGUAGCAUCAGUGCGCUGACAAAAUGCCGGUUAGAACGAUUACCAAAUGACCAAAAAGAAGGGGGGGAAAAAAAAUCCUAAAUCUCACAGUCAGGCACAGCAAUAUGUUCAAAAAUAUUUUUCAGUGAAACUAAUUUUAUUAGUAGAAAUAAUCAUGUGUUGGUGUGUGCAAACGUUAUAUCGCCAAGGGGCAGUAGUGGAGCUUAGUAAAUUCUAACCAAAGAUCCAGAUUAAAGCUGGCUGAACCAAGGUGCUGAGUCACAAAAUGUGACGGAGAAUAGAAAAAUCUGCCUGGAGAAAAAUUGACAUUGUGUUGUCUUUGUUACCCAGUGAGGAGCCGUUGCUGCGUCACCAUGAUCUGAUAAAUAUGAAAAGAUCAGAUUACAUUUCUUAAUGUUAACACAAGACCAUUGUUCCCGUAGUCUUCUCAUUUAUUUUGCACAAGAGGCGGAAGAUUCGAGGGGAAAAAAAAUCACCUUGAUCGGGAAACUAAACAGCCACAGUGAUCCCACUAGCGGUUGACUGCAAACAUUUCAGCUGGGACCAACUUUACUUUAGAAAUAAUGAUGGUCAUUUCAAUAUUUUUGUUGCUGUCAUUGUGAUCUCCUUGUAUACUGACUCUGCAGCCCUUGUAGUCAAGGCUGGAGCAGAUCUGAGCGGUGUGCACUGCAUACAAAAGCUUGUUAAAACUAACUGUUUUAUUUAGAGAUGGCCUCAUAUGUGAGUCAGAGCGCCUUCGGGCCUGAGUUGAGUUGGGUGCGUUGACCUCGGUCUACCUGCCUGCAGAUCUACUUAGUUGCUCUCGGUGUGAACAUGGGUUAACGCUGAUUAUAACACGCCUUUGUUGAAUACUCGAUUCUGAUUGGUCAAUCCCGGCGUUCUACGGUCUGUUAUUUCUUUAUAACAGACCGUUGCUAUGGGCGCAGUUGUGAUGUCGGACUCUGAAUAAGCGUGAUAAUGUACAGCUAGCGGUUCAUUGUUGUGGAAUAAACCCCUUCAGGCCGAUGCAGGCUUCGCGUCGGGGUUUAUUUCACAACAAUGAGCGGCUCGCUGUACAUUAUCCCUUACUGGUUCCUAGUAUUCGAUGUUAGCUUAGCUAUUUCUUAGUCCUGUUGUGCUUUGAAUUGACAGAUGGAAACAGUGAAGCUGGAGACAAACGAGAACAUUUGUUGGUGUGGGAUAUGUAUUAUUAUAACACCAUUAUUUACUGGUCACCUUCAUCUGGCUACAGACAAACAGAGCUCAAAGUAAAAGCAGUCACACUGCACUGACCAACACCCCGUCGUGCGCUGGUACACACCUGCAUCAGCUCGUGCCGGUGCAUGCUCAGCAGCAGCAGCGGCGGCGUCUCAGUCUGUCGCCCUGGCGGAGAUCCAGAGCCAGCUUUGGCCCCGACUGACACGGUGAUGUUGGCAUGAGUCAGGCGAAAAAGGCUGUAACAGAGAAGGGUAGAUAGCAGCAGAUCAAAAUGAAGAGGAGAGGAUGAGACAGGAGAAUGAGGUGUAUCUGUGUAAUAGCGAUAGUCACACGCUGUCCUCUGUCAUCAUCUUUGUUUGUGAAAAAUAAGGAAGAGCAGCUCUGCCGCAGUGCAGGUGUAUGAUUGAAAAGGGUUUUAAGAAGCAGUUAGUUAGAUCACACAUGACUUUUAACAACCUCUAUUGGCCACUUGUAGGAACUGCACCACACAUCAAAUUUGCAUUCCCCCUGCUGCACAAGUCUGUGGCACAACCCCUGACCGUUUGUAUAAUGCUGUGUAAUGAAAUUAAUUCAUUUCUUAAGUGUCAUUCAGCAAACACACCUGCCACAAGGUUUUGACAGCACAUUUAGUGGUGAAACUCUGGAGGUGUAGUUGUUGAAUGCUGGAAAAUAACUUCAAAAUAACAGGGUUUUUAUCAGCAGGUAAUAAAAUAUGUAAAUACGCAUAUAGCCUAGAACACAUCUACAGUAGUGGACAAUGUCGUAGCUUAUCAGAAAACUGUUAACCAAAUAAAACAUAGAUAACACAUUGCAGAACAGAUGGGGGGAGGAGGGGGGAGGGGGUAGGACUUAGGGUCUCUUUUGAAGCAUUUUCUUGGAGGCAUAAAUAACUAGAAUAAUUGAGUUAAUCUGCAGUGGUAGGAGCCAAUCAACCAUAACAGUAAAAAUAUGGCAUAACAAAAGGGAAAAGAAGAAAUGGUAACCAUGCUAAGUUAGCUAGUUAGCCCAGUUCAGCCCCGUCUACUAAAAAUGACGUUCCCAUACAAUGAAACUGCAGUGGGAAUCACGUUACAUGGGAAACAUAUAUUGGCACGGACUACAUUUGUUUUUGACGUAUCACAAAUACUUUUGUAACGAUAGCCUGUGGAAGUCUGUGAGGGAGAAGGUCAGGGUGGUGGAUGAGUCAAGAAAAAAAACACAGGACUUUAACCCAGGAGGCCGCAGUUCAAAUUUGCCUCGGGGGGCUUUACAAUCUGUACAGGAUACGACAUCCUCUGUCCUUUACAGUGCGAUCCUCUCAUCAGAUAAGGAAACCCCCCCCCCCCCCAAAAAAAAAACUUUAAAAGGACCCAUAUGUAAUAUUUUGAUUGGAAUAAAUCAUAAAAUGACCAUGAUAUGUCAUCAGAGAUUAAGGAAACAUGCUAAAUUAAAAUACUGGCUUCUCCGUUAAUGUUUCUACUCGACCUGAAAAGCCUCGGCACAUCUCUCUGGUCCGUGUGCAGCUGGGUUAUCAAGGCAGCGAGUAUUUGAGACAGUGAAGUGAUUCAGACUACUGCCGCUGACCAGAGGCUAACGCGGUGAUGCUAACACACGCUAACUGCUAUCAGUCACACCGGACGAGCGGACGUGCCGCGGCUCCAAUGUUUUGAAUUUGGACCACAGUACCCAUUUUAAAUGCUAGCUGUCAGUUACGUAUUGCUCCUUUAAUGAAGUAACAUACAUUUAAGUCAUUUUAAGCCAAACCAUGUUUUUUUUACUAAACCUAACGAACAACAUUAACGACGUGUUUGAAACGGUUUAAAACUGCGACCGUAAUCUGGUAGAAAAUACUCAAAACGUAAUUAAAAAUGCAGUUUACUUGUAUGGGAACGUUAUUUUGUAGGAGACGGGGGGGGUUGCCCUGUUGACAUUCCAAAUGUAAGUUAGCCAUACUAGCCAAAUUAGCCGUACUAGCCAACAGCUGUGUAGUUAAGCUGGUUAAUAACAUUCCAACAUCCCGUAUGACGUGAUUAGCUAACUUUAGCUAACGUUACUCAAACAGGGUAAAUACAGCAUUUAUUUGGGUUUAUUUUCAGCCACAGAUUAAAACACAUUUGAUAGGAUAAAUUCGAAGUUGUUUUUGGUCUUUUUAUGGAAUCCGUUGACUUUGUAGAAAAAUAUAAAAUACCACUAGACUCAUCCUUUAAAGUUUGUCAUAAAGCUGUCCUGCACUAACCCUAGAAACUGCAGUUCUUUGGCUCUGCCCGCCGAGGUUUACCUCAAACAGACAGAUUAUUUCUGCCUCUGAAGGUUUCUGCAGCCAUAUUGAGCGUUGGCUGUCAGCAGCUUAUGUCGGACCCCCCCCCCCCCCUGCUGUUUAGCUCCUGUAACACUGACUGACCAGCUACAUGCAGUAGUAGGGAAACACACUCGGGCGGUUUUAUACAGGCAAUAAACAGUUAGUUGCAACGUGAGACAAUCGAGAAUUAAGAUCGGGGUUGGCGGUGUUUUUGAUAACAUUUUGAUAAUUAAAUCUGAAGGAAAAAACAGGCUGCAAACACAAUAUUGUAUGUGUGUGUGUGUGUGAGUCCAUAAGAUAGUGUCUCGUCCAUUUAAAGUGUAAAAUAGAAACGGAUACCCUGGACCUUUAAGGUUCCUUGCAAUACCUUAUUAGCAGAAUACAGUAAAUGUUAGAAUAGUGAUGUAACUCAUCAUGCUUAUGAUAAUCAGAACCGUAAGAUAUGAGCAGGAGGGAGAAGACUGUUUAUUGUUUUGUCACUUCAGCUUUUUUCUUGAGGCUCUUUUUAACUCGGAUCAUUCGGUGCCUUGAGUUCAAGCCGCAAAACUGACACGUCAAAAAGGCAGACAUGUCAAAAUGAUCAUAUGUUUUUUUUAAAUGGUUGUUUUUAAUAUUUUAGUCGGCGAAUGGGUAGUUUCCAAUCUCACUGAGGAGUCCAGUUUUUGGUAUUUGUGUACAUUUCUUCCAGUGCAUGUUUGUUUGGAGAAUUUUUAUUUUUCAUAAGGAGUUCCAAGUAGAGACAAAGAAAAGCUGUUUUCAUGCAGCUCCUGCAGAAGGCUUAAGCUGUUUUUGUAUAAAAUGUCAUGCCUUUUUUUAUUUUUUUGUACGUUGUCUAAUUUAUUCUCGCCGUUUCUUUUUGAAUGUUACACGGUAAAAAAGAAUUUGGGCUUCGACAUUUUUUUAGUAGGGGAGGGAGGGGGUUAACGUCACCUUGGGGUGACUUUUGUUGUUUUCUACUUGACGACUUGCUUUUAUUUUUGACUCAACUGAUCUUCAACAGUAUAUAGAAAUAUAUUCAUCAGGUUUACUAAAUAUUACGUUUUAGUUCACAUAAAUGCUGUUGAACAUUGUUGACAUUUCCCCCUGGAGGACUUUUUCUCUCCAAUGAAAAUGUGUUUCCAUUACUUUUAUAAAAACCUCCAUUUGCAUGUCCAGUUACCUUUGUUUGGUUUGCUGGAUCCACACUUCAUUUUCUUAUUUGCACACUAUGUGUUGAAUUGUUCCUGCUGUACAGUAGAGUGUGUUUUCACAUAGUAUUUGACGUGUAAAAGUCUACCUAGCGGUCACUCUUUCAUUAUUCUGUGCAAAAAAAACCACAAACAUCUGUCAGGCAGCUGUGGAUAGAAAAAUAUUUUAAUCUGAUGCUGGAGUUUUUUUUUUUUUUUUGUUUCAUUCUGCUGUCCAUAGAGCCUCAGUGUCUGUAUACAUAAAACAAUGUGACACAUGCAUUGUAACGCCUCAGAUGAACCUGUACAGGCUUCAACAAACGCUGUGUUUUGAUUUCAUUUAACUGUAUUUCACCUGAACAACAAACAAACAUUUUCAACAAUGUGACAGAAGGUGAUUUUUUUUAUUAUUAUUUUUUUAUUUAAUGUAAAUGAAUGUCACCAUUCUCAACAAAAAAUAAAUCUUUGUCCUUUGGUUUAAAAUACAA